AGAAUGUGUGCGAAUUUCGACACGAGGCUUUGGUGGAGGGACCACCAACGCACCAACAGUGUUUUGCUAUUAUUGCUGUUGCUUUUGCAGCCAACGUUCAUACAAACUUUGCAUGAAAUGCUGCACGAGAAUAGUUUUGAUUAUUUAAGAAUUAAGCGCAACAACAAUUAUGCAAAUACAACGAUUAUGCCUGAACGCCAAGCAUCCAGUGAAGACAGUGGAGUGGUGCAUUACUUUCGGUUUCACGACUUUGAACCGCGUGCGCUGAGCAGCUACACUUGGAGCGCAACGACCAGCAGACCAACAGUGGAGGUGGAAAGAAAAUCGCUUAGCAGUGAGGAAAGUGCUAAGGCGUUCGGCAAAACUGUACCAGAAGAGCGCAAGCCGCGUGGUAUACACUUUGAGGCGGACGGCAAGGAUCUUGCCAUCAAUCUGGAGUUUAUCAUACCGUUCCUGCGUGUACCGAUCGCGCGCAGUGUGCAAAUCACACAGGCGGCUUUUCGUAAAUUGGCCGAUUUGAAUUCGGAUACAUUGCUGCUUAGCAGUGGCUUCGCAAUUGUGGGUGCUAUUAUUGCGGUGGUUUUAAAAGCCGUGACCACGCCUACGCUGGUUGGGUAUGGUUAUAAAAAAGCCACGCGUGCUGCCGACUUCAUGGAUGACUUGAAUUUCGCCAGUUAUGCACCGGCGGCCGAUCAGAGUGAUACAGUGACGAAAUCUAUUAUCAAGGGACAUGAUAUGCUAAAUGCUUUGGAGCAUAAUCUAUAUGUAAACCAUAUGAAUGUGAGCGUUUGCGCUCAGCGCGCGAUCUGCAGUUAUGUGCAACAAGCCACUACAGGCGUACGCGCAGGAUUGGGUUCACCCACUGAGCGCAUAGUCGAUGGGCUCAUCAGUUUGGAUCUGCUGCAGAACUAUUUGAAUGGCACCGCUUUGCAAAAUGCUAUAGACACGGGUCGUGCGCACGCUGACACUAGCUGUGAGCUCAUGUAUCGCGACUGUGAAUGGCCGAAAUUGCAAAAUAAAGCUUGGGAAAUAGCAAAAAAGUUUCUGGUUAGAUAUUUUGGUAAACAGCUUCUUAUGUUUUCACAAAUCAACCAACAUUUCAUACCGAAGCGCUUAGACCAACAAUCGAGGCACACACGUGUUAAAUUACGGUUUAACUCAAAAUAUUUUCAAAUAUCUCUGGUGAAUAUGCAGCUAAAUGCUUUAAUAGUGGCGCUUUUGCCAUUGGCUGCUUACGCAACGGGCGCUGCCAAUAUUCUCUUACCGACCGAAGACAGUGGACCAAAAAGAUUUUUCUCAUUUCGUCCGCUCGGUGAUGAUGUGGCGAUGGGACUGGAUUUCGAGUUACCUUUUCUUAAAGUGCCAAUUAAGCGUUAUGUAGACAAGUACGGCAACUCUCCGGCUAUGGUGAACAUCAAUACAGCAGCUUUGAUCACCAGUGGUCUAAUGGCCGGUGGCAGCCUGAUUGUGGCGCAUCUUCUGCGUUCACUUCGUUUUCUCAAAGGACGUUCGGCUGAGGAUGAAGAGACGACAUAUUUGGAAAAUGGCAUCAAAAAGACUGACAAGAAAUUGUUUACUGAUGAAGAAACAGUGAAAAGAGAGAAACGUUACGCUGAUUCAAAAAAUCAUUUUUACGAUGCCAAAAAUCUUUUCGAUCACUUCCGUUUAGUCUAUAAAAACGACACUGGCGAGCGAAUUGAGACCACACUACCAAGCCUCUUCGCACGCAUCGAAGAGACAUUCUUGGAUAAUAAAAUCGACAUCGGUGCUUGCGUGCAAAAAACCAUUUGCCUGAUGCUACAGGAAUCCAGUCAAAAAGUGCGUCACGGACAGGCGACCAGCAUGCAAAAAAUCGUCGAUGGUUUGACGAGCUUUUCGUGGGUGUUGGAUGUGUUCGCGCCUUACGGCGAGUUGCGAAAAGCGAUAAAGGCUGGCAAAACGCAUGCGAGUACGAGUUGUGUGGUCGCCUAUCCCACAUGUCACUGGUCCAAUCCGGCAAGUGAACUAACGCAGCUCUUAAGCAACCAUGUGAAGUUUGCUUAG